GUCAACGGUGUCGAGUCUCAGACAUUGCGACCGACUGUAGCGCCUCCGAAGCGCGAGCCAGAAUCUCAGCGACCUCCGGCUCCUCUUCCACCAGAUCGUCUGGAACCUGAACACCACCCCUUUAGUCAAAUCCCACUUCCUCCCCCCUCCUCAUCCUCCACGGAAUCGCAAUGGUGCAGAUGCAGCUGAGUCUCCUCUGAAGCAUCGCUCGACGAAUGGAGUGGGCCACGUCAUUAAGAGUUUGUGGGACAGAAAACGAGACAACGAUACAGGCCCAGCACCAUCUAUGGUCCAACCUGCAGCCGGGCCUUCAAAACUGACUACCGCUGCCGUUCCUUCGGGUCUCACGUCCUCUGUUGAAUUACCGCAUGGACAGCCGGUCGUUCUACCUGCUUCCCAACCAAAGCGCAAGGAAAAUGUACGUUUAUCAAGCGCACCGUCGUUAGCUCAAAUUUCCACUGGAUCUGCUUCGAGUACAAUAAUUACUGCCCAACAAUCGCGGGUUCCAUCAAAGGAAGAGUACGCCCCCACUGCAGAUGCUAACUCAAUUGUUCCACAACAAGAAAAUAUUUCUGCUCCAGCCCCUCGCAGAUCAACCAUGCAACCCCUUUUCACACCAAAUUCACCGUUCCUAACUUUCAAUACAGACAAGGGCAAAGGGAAAGAGAAGCAGCGUGAUGUCGAGCCUUCGGUAACACAUGGCCAACGUCUGCUCAAUCAUACACAAAAGCGACACCGGAGAAAGACAGUUGGUGGUUAUGACCUGCCUCGCGUGGACCUUCGCACUCUAUCAGCGGUGUCAACUUCCAAAAUCACUCGUUCCAGAGGCAGUGGUUCAGCAUCUCACUUACCUCACCGUUAUUCCCUCCCUGUCCAUUCCACACCAUCGGCCGUCCCAGUUGACCUCUCCGGCUACAUUGUCACACCUGGUCCUGCAAUUCUACCAGAUCCACUUGCCUUCAUAACACCCGCUGACGUACCCCUGUCCGCCUCUGUCGGAUUCAGAUCCUUAAUAUCACGCAUCGCUGCCGCGCAUGGUUACUCGCCAGAUGUCGUGCUCGAGGUUUACAAGCGCGUCGAAAGCUUGGAGGAGACUGAGAAGUGUGUAAGGGGCAUGCGAGAUGCUUCAGAGAAGUGGAUCGAAGCAGCACUCGAGCAGAGGGAGCGGGAAGCGCGUAGAGCUAGGAGAGCCUCUAGUGGCAAGGAGAAUGGGAGAGAGAGCAGUGAGAGCGAUGAGAGUGAUGACGAAGCGCCUCGUGUCUCUCGUCAUCGAACUUCCUUGCGGCAAGCUUUACCUGAGCAACGGUUGCCGAAUGGGCUGCAGGUGCGCCAUGAACCUGGGUUACAUGGGUCGGAAUACGUACCUCAAUCUACGACACGGACGGCGCUGAAGAAGCGAACGUCGAUGGGCGGUGGUGGCAGUCUGAGUGCCAGCUGGAGGGCAGGUGCGAAUGGGCAUUACAGACCUAACCAGGCGGAGGAUGAGGUCCCAGAGGUUUAUGUUGACGAUAGUGAAGGGGGUGAUGAUGAAGCCGCAUCGGGAGAAGAAGAUGAAGAAAGCAGCGACGAUGUAAUACGAGCAGAAGAGGAGAGUGUUGUUGAGAGGCUAGUUUCUGAACCGCCAUCAGAGGAUCUUCAGGAGCAGGAUGUGGUGGCAUCUCAUCCCGAGUACGACGCUGAAAAUGAACUCGAGCUUGUGUCCAACAAUGAAGAACAGCUCGACAAGGACGACUGGCAUCACGAGUUCUCACGAGCGCAUCCUCAUGCUAUACGUAUCAAGCACGAAAGCACGUCACCACCCUCACUUUACAGGCCGCAUGGGGAUUCUGCACAGAAUGGGGAAGAGGUAUUGAAUGGUGCUCUGUCGGGCAUUUGCCGCACACACUCAGUGUCUCCGCCUUGGAACGCGGAUGAGGGCAAACACCCCCUUUCCGGGACCCGGGAGAUGCGCCAAAUGCUUGAGAGGCAAUGGGGGAAGGGAGGCAUGAAAAAAAGGGUCGCGCAGCUGCUGCGAUAACAUUAGGGUUCAGCGCAUGAACAAGUCUCACUGGC